AUGCGCCGAUGCUCGCGCUUCCAAGACGACAUCGGAGCCUUGAUACACCAGAACCGCCUCGUUUAUGGAGAGGAUCAAACGGAGGCCGCACAUACAAGCCCUCGGAAAGCCCCAGACCUGUCCACGUACUGCCCAUCCCACGAAGCAGUUCUCUUCCACAAUAUAGAGGAACUCCGCGCAGCCUACAAUACCCCGUGUCCACUAUGUCGCCGCGUGUUCAAAUGUAUCGACCGGGGCGAUUGGGCUUCGCUCAAGACUUUCAAGGCCGUCCGAACCGUACUCAUGCUUGAAAAAACAAAGGGAAAGCCCACCCUGAAGGCCAUGCUCGACACUGACCCGCCAAUCAAGUCCAUUCGCAUGACGGCCAAAAAUCCGGUCAAGAGCACGAGGAAGCUCAAUUGUCUGGGGGAGUACCUAAAGGGCUUGGAACAUCAGGAUCCGCUCGUUGUAACGCUACAAGAAUGCGCAAGGUUGGAGAAUGAUUCUACAGGGUCAGCGGCAAGUUUAGAAAUGGCUAGGUUCUGGCUGGAAGAGUGUUUGGUGGGUCACCCAAACUGUGCGAGGGACAAUCUAGGGUGGCUGCCCACGCGUGUUAUCGAUAUUGGCGAUGCGGAUGGCAAGGAUCCGCCUCGACUGUUGGAGACCGCGGAUCUUCCGUCUUCCAAGUCUGAAUCGUCAAAUACCCUCGUCUUUGUGGCUCUCUCGCACUGCUGGGGCUCAAAGCAAAUCAUCACCACUACCACAUCUACACUCGCAGACCGAAAACGCGGCAUCGAUUUCCGCGACCUCUCCAAGACCUUCCAAGAUGCCGUGGUUACCACUCACAGAUUGGGACUGCGCUAUCUUUGGAUCGACAGUCUCUGUAUCAUACAAGACUCCGUGGACGACUGGAUGAAAGAGAGCGUGCAGAUGUGCACCAUCUACGAGCGCGCACUCUUCACGAUCAUGGCUGCUCACGCAAGUGGCGGCGACAAAGGUUGUUUCGUGACGAGAGAUGGCCUCGCGGGGCUACCGUUGACACUGCGGUUCAACGCACCGGAUAAGUCGGAGGCUUGGGAUGCGUGCUUCCAACUACCUGAUCAUGGGCAGGGGCUGAUGCCAAAGUUUAAUCCCGUUUUGUUCACUAGAGCGUGGGUGCUCCAGGAGCAGUUCAACAGUCGGGCGAAACUGAUAUUCUUCGGGGAGCAGGUCCAUUGGGAAUGUGUGACGAUGAGUGGGUCUGAACAGCGGCCGUUGGAUGGUAAGAAGAUAUGGGAUGUGAUCGGUGGUUCGAUGACCUUGGUUGCAGAUAAUUGUGACGACUCCGUAAACGAUGCAUAUCAUGGCUUGGAAUGGUACGAGCUGGUGAAAAACUACACACGCCGCGGCAUCACGAAGUCGUCGGACCGUCUCAUUGCUAUUGACGGUAUCGCGCAAAGUGUUCAGACUCGCACGUCUGACCGUUAUAUCGCUGGCCUCUGGGCACAAGGACUCCCGCUUGGUUUCAUGUGGUACAUACCCUGGACUUUGGCGAAGAGCGGGCCGUGGCAUGCCUUGGAGAAGGAAGCAAAAACGUACCUUUCCAGUCGACAUGAGCAAGUGUUUGCGCCUUCAUGGUACGCACCCUCACAGACCUGCAGGCCCUUUUCUAAUCUCGCCUCAGGUCCUGGGCCUCGACCACGUUCCCCGUGA